AAGCUCCUCCAGCUCGAGGAGCCAGCCGCCCUCCUUUUCGUCGUCUUCUCCCACCGCGGCGGAGUUCCUGGAGACGAGGAGAGAUUUACCGCUGCUUGCCCACCUCGUCCGCACCGGAGCGCAUGGAGGUCUCGGCUAGGCUCCGCGCGCCGCCCGCCUCGGCGGCUCCGCGCCGCGGCCGAGGAUCCCUGCCAUUGCCAGGGUGGUUCGCGUCGGCCCGGCCCGCCUCUCGUGCGGUUUCCGCCAAGAUUAGAGCAGGUGCAACUUAUGACCUGCAAAGAAACAAGAGUAACCUCGAAUCAUUAUUCUGCUAUGACAAAUCUGUUCCAGAGGAGGAUAUUGGAACACCAGCUGGUUUAGAUUUGGAAAAGAAGAACGUUGGGAAGAAUCCUCCUUGCAUAAGCUGUGAAACUAAAGGUGCAGUGCUGUGUGCAACUUGUGCUGGUUCAGGCUUGUACGUCGACUCCAUAUUAGAAAGCCAGGGAAUCAUCGUAAAAGUCAGAUGUCUAGGCUGCGGGGGCACUGGGAGCAUUAUGUGCUCAAAGUGUGGAGGCCGUGGACACACGUGAAUUGACAUGGUUUGGGUCUCAAAAGCAAGGCAAUGCAGUUCAAGUAACAUCUUCUAAGGCUACUUCGGUAGGGAAUUCUGUUGAUGUAAAGAAGCAAAGAUAUUCAUAGUUGAUUUUCACAUAGUGCUGUUCGAACAAUUUCUUUGUAUCAAUUAAUCUGAUGCUGAGGCACCAGCUGUAAAAUGACUUUUGUGAGAGCACCUGUUACAAAGGCAACGAACGAUACCGGGGUUGUUUAUAUACGCAGCCUGCUGGUGUGAUUUUCGACUGUUCAGAUGAAUCAACUCUACUGUUGUGGUA